UCGUUGUAUCUGACCUUCCCGACUUCACCACCCACCUUACUCGAAUUCGCCCUACAUAAGGUUGGACGACGCACCAGAUCACACUCACCGCGUGCCAACUAUCAAACACCCUACAACACACAGCCCCCACGUGAAGCCCGGAAAAUGGAGCUCGGAGCUGUAAACCUACCCACUUCCCUUGAAGACGUCAGGAUCACAAAGCUUCCGCCUUCUGCGUUUUACAUUGCGGACUUCAUAUCCGAGGAGGAAGAGCAGGCAAUCUUGCAAAAGAUAGCUGAUGCCCCGAAACCCCGCUGGAAACAACUGACUCAUCGACGUCUCCAAACAUGGCCGUCUGAUCUCGUUCAGAACAAGCUGAUCGAUGCUCCUUUGCCACCAUGGCUGCAAGAGCCCGUCGUCUCGCGAAUUCUUUCCUUGCCUCGCGCCACUGUUCCUGAUUCCAACCUCUUCACCGAAAGCCCUCAUCAACGGCCGAACCACGUGCUGAUAAACGAGUAUCCCCCAGGAGAUGGACCCGCCUAUCAUCCAGUAGUAUGCACUGUCAGCUUGGGAGCAAGCUUGUGUCUGAAUCUCUACCAAAGCAAAGAGGACGGUGCGUUGGAUCCGGAGCCUGUGUGGCGCAUUCUUCAAGAACCCAGGAGCCUACUCAUCACCACCGAUAACCUUUACACUGAUUAUCUCCACGGCAUUGCCGACACUGACGAAGACGUCGAGUUAUCCGCCGAUUCCAUCGUGAACUGGGACUUGCUGCGAUCCAAGGAUCAUUAUGCCACCGGCCGAAACGUGCGCGCAACCAGAACAAGCCUCACAUACCGAGAUGUCAUGCAAGUGUCGAAGCUCGGGGCCAAGUUUGGCCUGUUUGGAAAGAAGUGA